AUGACCGGAGAGGGCUCUGUGGUGGAAAGAAUCGACAAUACGCUGAACGCCCACUAUUAUACGAUUGCUUAUUGUGUCGUUAUAACUGCGUACGUAUUGGGCUUUGCGGAGUACGUCUACCUUCGGCUCGUCUCGAUUCUCAUCCCGGAAAAGAUGAAAUUUUACAAGACAUGCCAGGAACGGGCUGAUGAAAGGGUGGGCAAAGAUGGUUGGCAUUACGGCAAAUGGACAAAGAUUAGCCAUUUUGGGCCCUCGUCGGCCGCCUCAUUACGGCGUGAAAGAGUGGCUUCCCAGAUUCGCACCGUCAUCCACAAGAUUAUGUACCGCACGUUUUUAUGCUAUGGUCUGUGUUCGGGCAUCAUUUGCAUGCUGAUUUUCUACAUGGUCGGCAUUCAGGACUCAAUCGGGGAUACCGUAUCCCAGGUGUUCAUCUACAUUUUCGACGCGCUAAUGAUCAUCUAUUUCCUCGCAUUUCCGUUGUGUACAAUCAUCUAUCAUCCACAUGUUUAUUGCUUUAAAAGCCGUCCUCCCACGCAAUCAGUCGACCCGGCAGAUCCAUCAAUAUCGCAGGGUGUUGCCCCUCUAGUCCACAAUACUACAGCAACACGGCUGGCAUCAUUGGCUGAGAUUGCCGAGCCCUCUUCAUAUUCUGCAUCUCCACUUCCAUCUGCCGUUCCUCCACUCAGUUUUCCCAAUUUUUCGGAACGUGAUCGACCGGAGAGUUUAUCCGGUCGAACGAAGCAAUGGAUCGACAGCGGAGAUCGUGGUAUCUACCACGAUUUCCACAUCGACGAGCCGUCUACAAUGGCCACGAUAGCAUUGGAU